UAGGGGGUUCUAGUGCAAACAAUGCUUGCCUAAUUCAUGAACGGGUCAGACGUCGAUGAGGAGAGAGUUGACGAUGCUAGACUAACACGUGCAAGGUCACGUAGGAUCCCGCACGUGUUCCAGGCCCUACAACCGGAAGACGAAAGACGCAUUCGUGCCGAACGCAGAGCCCGUGCUCUCGCAGCAUCGAGAGAGGCAGCAAACGUUGCAGCUAGGGAACAGGCUGCAGCAGCAACCAAGGCAACAGCCAUGUCUUCUGCAGCAGCAUCCUCCACUGCAUCUUCUGUUGUCUCCUCGUCUGGACCCCAGUUGGGAAUGCCAACAGGGUCCGCGGGCACUUCCAGUUCAGUAGGAUCACGUCAGUCUACAAGUCAAAUGGCGGGCUCGCAGUUCAGCCCGUUGACUCCUCGCGAAAGGGAGCUAAGGGAGCUCCAACAGGUCGAAAGGAUCCGUGAACGAUUAGAGAGGGAACUGAAACAAACUACCGACAGAGAAAGGGAGAUUAAAAAUAGAGCAGUCAGGCUUGAUACUUUAGAGGCUGACAAGGCUGAGUUAGAGGGCUUGGAUGACUCUAGAAUGAAUGAGCCCAUGAAAGUGUUGAGAAACAACAUGCUGUCGCUGCAUGCGCACGUGGACAGCAGGUUGGACUUUAUGCAGAGCACUCUAGACCAGAUCCUAAACGCUUUGACAAGGCCAGGAUUUAGGCCACCAGCACAAUCGUCGUUGCCGUUAUCGGCGAUGUCAGGCCCCUUUCCAGUUCAAGCUGGUACACAACCAAGUGGUACGUCUGCAGCAGUCGCACAGACUGUUGCAUCUUCUUCUUCGGGUCCAGCGGUGGGAGCUACACCACCGCAACAACCUGUUCAGCAAUCUGGACAGCCGCAGGGUCAAUGGUAUCCUAAGACCCCAAUGAAACCGCCUCUUGCCUUUUCAGGCGAGAGAAAGGACGAAGAACUCAACACAUGGUUGAGGACCGUCCCGGUUUGGGUGAAGGCAAAGAGGACCUUGCCUGAGGAUGAAGUGGUAAUUGCUGCAUCUUACCUCGAGGGUAAGGCAGCCAAAUGGCUAGAUGGUGUAGUUGUGAAGGCAGGGUACGGGCGACGCAUGGCGGACUGGGCUAAGCCAUUAACGUUAGACCAGUUCAUGGAAAUGGUUGAAGCUCGAUGGCAUAAUCCACAGGAGGCACAAAGAGCCACUGAUGCGAUUAACAAACUGGACCAACGAAAGUUCAAGUCGGUCAGAGAGCUUACGACUACCGUUGAGAGCCUGAUCCUCGUCCCUAGCAUCAACUAUAAUGACCAGUUCCUGUUAACAACCUUUGUUAAAUGUCUUCCUGAGAGCAUCAGGAACUUGCUGGCCAGCGAGGCACGCCUCGAGUACCAUUUAUUUGAGACAUUGUCUAGGAAAGCCUUAGAUCUGGAGGCCACACUAGGCAAUUCUCAACCCACUCAGACUGACACAAAGAAGAAGAAAAGUCCUCAGGAGUGGAAGAAGAAGGGGGCUAAGUUGAUGAUGGUGGAGUCCGAUGGGACUCAAACUGAGAUCGACGAGCUCACUGACCUGAUGGACUAUACAGAGUUUGACGGCGAGGAGGUAGUUGAGGGUAGCACCCUCGCCGCGGUAGUCAAGACUAAGGCAGGUGGCCGAGGGAAGGGCCAACCUAGGAGUCAAGGGAAGGCCACCACCAAUCAGUCCAAAAUGGCUGAAUGGGUGAAGGCAGGUCUUGAUCAAGACGUGUGGCGUGACCACCGAGUGCAUGGCGCUUGUAUCAACUGCGGGGAAUACGGUCUCUCGCAGUACAAGUGCCAGAACGCAAAGGACUGGAGUGAUGAGUGCGAGGGUGCUUUCAAGAGAUUGAAGCAUGCACUCAUGAAUCAUGAGGUUCUCAUGGUUCCCGAUCCUCAGAAGUCAUUCAUAGUGACCACGGACGCAAGCCAAUACGGCAUUGGUGCAGUGCUGGCUCAGCAGGAUGGGAAGAAGUUGAGACCGAUUGAGUACAUGAGCAAGAAGAUGCCAUCAAAGAGGUUGGCAAAGUCCACCUACGAAAGGGAACUCUAUGCUCUAUAUAAAGCACUUGUCCAUUGGAGACACUUCCUAUUGGGAAGGUUCUUCUAUCUGAGGACUGAUCAUCAGACCCUCAAAUGGAUCAAGACUCAACCGGCUCUUUCUGACACACUCAAGCGAUGGAUUGAGGUCAUAGACCAAUAUGACUUCAAGCUUGAGUACCUGAAGGGAGAGUAUAACAAGGUUGCUGAUGCGCUAUCACGUAGAACAGACUACCUAGGUGCGCUAGUUUCUGACUUUGGCGUAUCUGAAGAAGUAACUCAAUCAUUGGUGGGAGCCUAUCAGGAAGACCCUGUCACGAUGGACAUCAUGUGCAAACUUAAGGCAAAAGACAAGGCCACGGAAAGUGAGUUUGUGAUGGUGGACGGGUUACUCUAUCUUGAUAAGGCCGGAAUAAAAAGAUUAGUAGUUCCAUCUAGUGAGCGAUUGCGUAGUUUGUUUUUAGGCGAAUGUCAUGACGCAACUGGGCACUUUGGGUACAAGAAGACGAGUGCUAACCUAGUACAACGAUUUUGGUGGCCAGGAAUGUUUGAUGACGCAAAGAAGUAUGUAGAGACCUGUCAGGUCUGUCAGCGGGACAAGCCGCAAACUCAAGCACCGCUUGGGUUGUUGAAGCCUUUGCCUAUUCCUGCUGGUCCAGGACAGAGUGUUUCCAUGGAUUUCAUGGACACCCUGGUUGUCAUGUCGAGCCGCAAGCAUGAGGCCAGCCUUGUCAAGCGCCAUUUCGAAGUCCUUGGCCCCCCGGGUAAGGAUCCUUCAAAGGGGGCAAAGUGGUGGCUCUGCCAUUACUGCGAUCUAAAAUUUUCGGGCAAUCUCAAUCGCCUGAAGGAACAUUUCACGAAAGGGGUUUGCGCAGUUGAGAAAUCAACGAAAACGUUGACCGCAGAGGAAAUAUUGAGAAGGAAGGAAGGAUUGCAGCAGGCAAGGAUAGACGCGGGCAUGCUGAGGGACGGUGCCAAUGCCCUACCUGUUGUCACCAGUUUGGUGGCUGAUUCUAUGGGCGGGGGGUUGGUGGAAGGGGUCGGCGAUGCUUGUGGCGAAGCGGCGGGCGAUGCUUGUGAUGAAGGGGUGGGCGGCAGCGGGCCAGGUAUCACGGUGCAACGCACAAGUGCAUCUGCUGCACCUGCUGCACGGAUGCGACAAAUGUUGUUGGAGGAGACCUACAGUGUUGUCACAAAGAACGAGCAGACAUCAAGAAGACUAUACCGGUGGAUGACGUGCACGGACCAACCAUUCAACAUGGUUGAGAACGAGUUCUUCCUCGACAUGGUCAACGCCAUACGAGAGGCCCACCCAUCGUGGAGACUGCACUCGAGAGAGGCGGCGCGCAAUGGCCGAUUGAACGGACAACACCAGUGGGCGGUCGAGGACGUGGGAAGGUUGGCGAAGAAGUGGGCUCGCACAGGCUGUAUGGUGCAAGUAGAUGGGUGGUCUGACCGGCGGGGAAGACUGCACGUAAACGUCAUGGUGUCCUCUCCCAUCGGCACCGUCUUUUGGAAGUCGGUGUGCGUAGCCGGAAAGGACAAAGACGCCAGUGCGUACUACAAAAUACUAACCACUGCGGUUGAGGAGAUUGGCCCAAGAAGCGUGGUUGGGGUAAUCAUGGAUAAUGCCCGGGUUUGUGUGAAGGUCGAGAAGUUGGUGGAGAAAAAAUACCCGUGGAUAUUCCGGGUGGGUUGCACGGCGCAUGCCCUUGACCUCGCAUUGGAGGACAUGGACAAGCGCAUUUCGUGGUUUGCGGAAACUGUGAAGAGGGGGAAUGUGUUGGGGAAGUUCGUGAUGAACCACGACAAGGUUCGAGCACUCUUCCUGACCAAAUCGGGUGGUGUGCAGAUUAAGAGGUCGGGCCGGGUGGGUGUCGUCCAUAGUGCCGCCCCACUUGCGUUCUCAAUUCGAGGAGGUGACGACGACUAUCCUGGAUGGCAGCUUUUGGGAGCGGGUGGAGAAGGCCUUGAGGACCACGGACCCCAUCGUGUGGUGGAGUCGAUUCGCAAGCUGGACAUCUUGACAGACUUCGAGAAGGCAGAGGUCGAGUCGAUCCUCAUGGACCGAUGGGCGUUCAUGACUUCAGAGUUGCACUGUGCAGCAGCCUUCUUGGACCCGGAGUACAGAUCGCAGGGCUCCUUCAAAGACACCGAGAUCCGAGCCGGGUUCAACAUAUGGUUGUACACAUGGUGCACAAACGAGAUGUUCGAUGACGUGAGCUGGCAGGUUGACGAGUGGGUGAAUUUGAGGGGGGGCUUGCAAUCAGAGGAAGCUUUGCGCGCAGCACGCACCAAGACCCCGACGAUGUGGUGGGAUGCGUUUGGCUCGCGGCUGCAUCUUUUGCAGCCCCAAGCAAUCAGACUAUUGGGCCAAGCAAGCUCUUCCGCCGCAUGCGAACGCAGCUGGAGUCUGCAUGAGCUCGUUUUCGGCAGGAGGAGGACGAAGAUUAUGCCCACCCGCCUAUCAAAGCUCGUCUACAACAAUUGGAACCUGCACCUGCAGUGGAGGCAAGAGCACGGUCGUGGUGUGGAUGAUGUCCACAUUCCAUGGGUGGAGGAAAUGUCGUAUGCCGAGUUGAAGGAGGAGGCAGCGCAAUUUUACAAUGAAUGGGUGAAACGGGUGACGAACAGCACACCGAGUGGCGGGAAUGACGCGUCGGAGGAGGAAGACGAGUCGGAGGACAACGGCGACGGCGAGGAAGUGCCUAUGGCAAGGAGGUGGUUGCGCAAUGGCGAGGUGGACAAUGCAAUGGACCAGGAGGAGGGCCUUGCGCACAUAGAGAAGUACACGAAUGACUGGCACUUCAACACUCGACCGGGGAGACAGCUGGAGCGUGCCUGGCGAAGGUUGUCGGGCCAUCAGCGCCCAGCACCUGAAGUGCGGUAUAACAAGGAGGACCAGGAGCUGGCGCUGCGGGCUCGAGAGACGGGAGAUAGGGUGGAGGGUCGAAAGGAAGGCGGAAGCAGCAGGCAACGUAAAGUGCGGCGCGGUGAUGAGUGUCAUCGUGACGGUAAACGUGCUGCGGAGGAGGUCAUUCCACCGCCGAAGAAAUGGAAGAGAGGGCAGCCGACCAUCAAAGAGGUCGCAGCAAGAAAAGCAGCAAUGCGAGCUGAGAAGAGAAAGGCAACGGUGGAGGCAUCGAGAAAAAAGAAAACCGUUGCAAAGACAAAAGUAGCAGCAAAAACAAGAAAGAGGGACGACAUCAUCGACGAUGACGGCACGGAAGCAUUUUCGUCGUCUUCAAAUUCAUCAGAGGAAGGGGAUGAUGAAGAUCAUGAUCCCAUCGACGGAGAAUCGCGGAGUGCUGAGGAGGGAACUGAGCACGAGGAGGAGGAGGAGGAAGAAGAGGAGGAGGAGGAAGCCGAGGAGGAAGAGGAAGGGGAGGGGGAAGAGGAAGUGGAGGAUAAAGAGGAAGGGGUCACAGAGGAAGAGGGUGAGACUUCUGCACGGGGAGGUGCAGAGGAUUAGGAAAUUUAGGCCGAGUUGAUGUUGCUGACUGCAAAGUUCGUAGUUUCGCAGUUUAUCUUUUGAUGUUUGGUUAAACUUGGAAUAAAGUAAGAACUAUGAA